GGCGUUCGAGCGAGACAACGCGCGCCAGCGCAUCUCGAAAAUCGAAUUUCUUUAAAACACGCUAAAUAAAUCGAUAAUAAAUUUAAUCGAUAUUAUUAGUGUUAGCUGCUUGUGAUUCUUUGUAGUAUUUAUUCGCUGUGUUCGAAUAGUGGUGUGAUGUGGUGAUCCCAAUAAUAUAAUAUUGACGAAAGAAAGAAAAAUACAAAUUGGAUUUUGUGAGAAAUAGGCAAGCUCGCGUGGGAAGAAAUCCGCAGAUGAAAAGAUGACGAGGAAGUUUCUUUUCUGUUUCCCUUUAAGGGUGGGGAAUAUUAUAUUUGGAUAUAUUGUGAUACUUAUAGCAAUAGCGACAGUGGCCUUCCAUUUAUACCAGCUUGGCUUGAACAUGACCAACAACUAUUUCGAGAAGGAUGGAAAGUUUCGAAACUUCGAGAAUCUUGAGAGCAUAUUUGGAUCCACAAAGGACUCGCUGGAGAGGAUAAUCGUCCUUACAUAUUACCUCACGUAUAUUACGAUAGGAAUUAUGCUCUUCCUAUUUGCUAUUAUGUUUACCGCAGGCGCUUAUAAGGCGAACCACUGUUUAGUGACAACGUUCUUCGUGUACAGUUUCUUCCAUCUCUUCUUCUCCGUAAUCUUGAUUGUAUGGGAAGCCCUGACUGCUGGCUGGAUACAACUGGGUUUAGUCGCCCUGUUUGAUUUGCUCCUCAUAGUUUGCCUGUUCAGCGUCAAAUAUUUGAUGGAAGCAAUCCGAACAGGGAACAUCUACUGCCGGCCAGGAGAAGUUUACUACAAAUAUUAAUUUAUGACUAAACUAAGAUCCAAUAUUCCUUGAACAAGUCACAAGUGCAUUGCAGUAAAUGUAAGAAGAA